UUUUCACGGAACAAAGUCAGGCUCGUAACACACACAAAAAUCGGCCCGUAUCGACUUUACACACCGGACGAAGGGGGUGUUUUCAAAAUAACACUGAGUGGGAAAUGUGACGUAGUAUCCCUUAAUCUCCGUUCAGUUUUAAGUGUACACAAAUGUCACUAAUUUCUGUUUCUCCCAUGUUCCUUCACCCUUAUAGGGCACUAAUCAAAUUAUAUUAUGGAGAGUAUAUUAUUACAGGUCCUCUAAAAAAAAGACCUUUUAUCGAGUCAUAAUUUUUUUCAAUUCGACAUUUUAUUUACUUUGUGUGUUGGAAGAAAUGGAAAGUUGUCCUACACUAUAUUACAAAGACAUUACCGCCGAUUCAGCCACUUUGAAGAGCCCAUUGAAACUUUUAAAACAUCAUAAAUUUUCUCAUUUUUGUCCUAUUUCAUUCAAACUAUUACCAAUAUUCUUUUCUGAUUUUUCUGCUUUCAUCUAGAGUAAUUUGCUAUCAACGUUGGAUUCCCUUUCAAAGUAAACGAAUAAUUUGGACGACGAAUUCUAAACUGAAGACGAUUAUUUUAUCUGAUAUUUAUCAAUACAAAAUUGAUCAGGGUGAGGGGUAAAGAUUGUAUAACCUCAAGUGCACAUUAAUGUAUUAAUAAUAUGAUAUUAUUAUUCUCCAGUGCUCUUGAUUGACAUACAUGAUGAGUAAACGUCGUGUAGCUGUGAUUGGAGCCGGAGCAGCAGGACUAUGUGCAGCCCGCCACCUAUCGGAUCAUCCUCAUCUGUUCGAUGUGGUUGUCUAUGAGAAGGCUGAUCGUGUCGGAGGGACUUGGGUCUACACCGAGAAUGUUGGCUUAGACCAAUAUGGAUUACCUACACAUUCUAGCAUGUACAAGUCGCUCAAAACGAAUCUACCGAAGGAGAUCAUGGCCUAUCCCGAUCUCCCGUUCGAUGACGGACUCCCAUCGUUCAUCAUGCAUACAGAUGUCUCAGAUUAUUUACAACAGUACUCGGAUCAUUUCCAGCUACACCGAUUCAUACAGAUCUACACGUUAGUUGAGUUGGUGAAACCAAUCCAAACUUCAGAUGAUUUGAUGACAUGGGAGAUAACAGUGUCAGACAUCAGGACCAAGCAACAGACAUCGUCCGUCUUUGAUCUAGUCAUGGUGUGCAACGGUCAUUAUGCAAUACCCAACAUCCCCGACCUGCCAGGACGUGACAAGUUCAAAGGUCUUCAGCUUCACAGUCACAACUAUCGUCAUCCUGAAGUCUUCAAGGACCAGACCAUAGUAAUGAUAGGAGCAGGAUCAUCUGGUCUGGAUAUCAUUCUUGAUCUGGCUCCCCAUGCAAAGUCUAUAUACCUGAGUCAUUGGAAGGAUCGUGUAGUAGCUCCUCUACCAGACAACAUCAAGCAGACCAAGGAGGUUGUAUCCUUCACGCAGGAGGAUGCGGUCUUUGCUGACGGAGAACGUUGUGAACCCGAUGCUAUCAUCUACUGCACAGGUUAUAACUUUGAUUUCAGUUUCCUCACUCCAGAAUGCCAGCUGAAGGUAGAAGAUAAACGCGUCAUGCCUCUCUAUAAGCAUAUCCUGCAUACCACCUACCCAUCUCUAGCAUUCAUUGGUAUCACGCAGAAGGUUCUACCGUUCACUCACUUCACCGCUCAGGUCAAGUUUGUUCUGGCGAGUUGGAUUGGUACCUAUCAACUACCAAGCCAAACUGAGAUGGAUCAAUCUAUUGAAGAUGAUUACCAAUGGAGGACGACUACCAUGAACAUGCCUCAUAGGUAUGCUCAUUCCAUGGGAUCUAUCAUGAGGGACUAUCAUAAAGAUCUACUUGAGAUGGCCAAAGAAGAGCAGGUCAAACCAUUUGUUAUGGAUCUAUAUGAAGAGAUGUACAAGAUAAGAAGAGUCAAUCUCAUGCAUUACAAGACAUUAGGGUUCAAGGUUCUGGAUGAUCAAAACUUUGAACUAGUGCAAGAUGACGCGGAAUGAUCGGGUGGUAAUUCUUGCAAUGAUUUUCCAGUCGACUUUCUUAAUCUUUGCACUACAAAUAGUUAGGAAUAAUCACAUUGAAACAUUGUCACAUUUAUAUUGUUUUAGCUAAGGAGAAAUGUUAUAUACAUGUACAUUUAUAUCUUUUAUAAUACUUUCCGUUCUAAAUAUUACACUAAUUUACGGGUUUACUUCCCACACGAAUGACCUCACUAGUAAUAAGUCUACUGCUUUAUAAAGGACUACUUACAUGUUACUCCUAAUUAAAUGUUAUUACGAAUCCGUUAAAGCUGCAUUUGUAUUUGCUAUUAAUCCGAUUCGACUUGUAGUGUUACGUUUUUUUAUCUGUUUCGGCAUUUCUUGUAAACAAAAUAUUCUGCAAGAUGUUUAAUUUUGUAUUUACAGUUUAACUGUCUUGAUAUCUGUACAUAAUAUGUUGGAACCAAAUGUUAACGUUUCUCUCGUAAUAAUUACUGAUCUUAACCAAAAGAAUACAACAACCAAGGUGUGUCGUGAAUUAAUCUCAAGUUUCACGAAACAUUCAUAAUACAUCAUUCGCACGAGCAGACGACCAUUGGUUAUAUUAAUUAAAAGAGAGAAAUUAUAAUGAUUCACUAUUUUUCAUUUCUCUGUUUUUUAUAAAUAUUAAAUUAUAUGAGUAAUGAGGCUUUAAUAUCCAUAAUCAUUCGCGCCAACAUACACAUGGCAUAAGUGUAUUCCAUUUAGCACUUUUAUGUUUCUUCACUACCGCCACCAUCGGCAAUAUAUAAUGCUGGGGUAAUAUUCAUAGGAUAAAAAGUAAGAUUCUUGGGUGUAGAGAUGACUAAGUCUCAGUAAGUUCAUUCAUUAUAAGAGUAUUACGUGUGACUGGUCUGCAGUCUUUAUAGAAACGGGUAUAUACUACAGCUUACUAAAUGCUAAAUUUUAAUACUGCAUUUCGAUUAAUUUUAGAAUUAAUAGAAAAUAUUCAGAAUUUCGUAAAACAGUCAAGAUAUAAAAGAGGGAAUUGAUUUGUAUGACUUUUUCAUUUUCUAUUAUCCUUUUUUUUGACGGGGUUGUUUGAAUGAUUAUUGGGUUUAUACAACGGCGUACUUGCUAAAUAUUGCUUUUUGCUUGUAUUCAAUACGCCUUGUAACGAUACAAUAUGAAUAUAUAAGAAUAAAAAAGAACGGACAAUAAUAGUAAGGAAAAAGGGAAUAAGAGUAAUAGUUGAAAUCGUACUUCAACAAAUCAUUUGAUAGCUAGCGUAUAAAGUAUUCUAUAAUAAUAUAAUACUAGAAACAUAAUCAAGUCAAAUCAAAGGUUAAGUCCAAGCCCACCGUGUGCUGGUUGAUUUUUUUGCUCUGACAAUUUUUUUUGUAUUUGAUACAACCAGUGAAAACAAGUACUUGGUAACUUUUUUCAAAAACAAAAUUUGUGGAAGAUUUCGAUUAUGUCAACCAAGUGUCACGCACACAAUUAGGUACAUGACAAUACAAAAUAAACUCUCUUGAAUAUGAAGUGUUAAAGUUAGUAAUCAUUCGACAUAAAUUUCCUUCUUAACUAAUUUCCUUGUUAAUUUUAUUGUAUUCAUAUUAUUUGUAAUGUUACCCUUCUACAUGUAUUUAUAUAUUUCUCUCUUUUUUUUUUAAUA